AUACACAGCUAAAAACGAAGUACAGUGCAACGCCAUAAUUCACUAAUACAUCAUAAAUCGUUGAAAGUACCCGCGUUAUAACGACCCAGAGAAAUCUAACAAAUCAAGCGCCCCUUAGUACUCAACUGUAAGCCUGCAACUCUCUAAAACAACCUAAAUGAGCUCUUACUUUGUAAACUCGUUCUCGGGGCGCUACCCAAAUGGCCCCGAAUAUCAACUGUUAAAUUAUGGAGCCAGCAGCGGCGCAAUGAACGGCGGGACGUACAGGGACUCUUCCUCCGCCGCCAUGCACCAUGCAACGGGCUCUUACGGCUACAGCUACAAUGGCAUGGACCUGACCGUCACUAACCGGGGAGGGGGGAACAGCAGUGCCGCCACCGCCGGAGGACACUUCGGAGGCGGCUCGGUCGGAGGGGACUCGCGGGGUUUCGGCUCCCCGGCCCAGGAGAGAGGCUUCAGACAACCAUCCAGCUGCUCCCUCGCCUCCGCGGCGGAUUCCCUUCUGUCACACGGCAGUGAAAGCACCAAGCUGGUCACCCAGAGUUCGUCUCCCCGCUCGGAUCAACCAGGAAACGGUAAUCUCAGCUCGCCAAACCUGUCCUCCGCCUCCUCCUCCGGCGGUGGCGGCACGGCACAGCACUUCACCGAGCUGGAUGACGGGUCACCAGAAACCGAGGACCUGCAGCAUAAACGGGACACCAGUCACGACAGCAAUCCGCCAACCAGGACCGGGCAGAAGCAGGAGGGUGGCCCGGCGGGAUCAGCCGCUGGCAACACCGGCAGCGAGGCUCAGACUCCACAGAUAUUCCCCUGGAUGAGAAAGCUACACAUUAGCCAUGAUAUGACGGGCCCCGACGGGAAACGGGCGCGGACGGCGUACACCCGCUAUCAGACUCUCGAGCUGGAGAAGGAGUUUCACUUCAACCGGUACCUCACGCGGCGGCGGCGGAUCGAGAUCGCGCACGCGCUGUGCCUCACGGAGCGGCAGAUUAAAAUCUGGUUCCAGAACCGGAGGAUGAAGUGGAAGAAGGACAACAAACUGAAAAGCAUGAGUCUUGCCACCGCUGGCAGCGCAUUCCAACCUUAGAAAUGUAAUUGUUCUGAAUCCGUCUUCGUCCAUUUCUUUGGAAAUGUUACUACCAGUUACACGCUUCCCUGAAGAGGGAGAAACAAACGAGAAAUAUAGAGAAAACUUGAAGAAAACAACAAAAAGUGGCCAGCAAAAGAAGAAGACGAUGAAGGAGAAAUCUGCCUAUGACAAAAAAAAAAAAAAAAAUUCCAAAUCUA